GUUUGUCGGUAGCAGGAGACGCCCCGAUAUCGAGGAGAAAAUCUUUCAAAAAAUCUUUACGAGAAUCUUUUCGAAGAUUAAGAAAGGGACGACAUUCUGUGCGACAUACAGAAAAACGUGUCAUUCCUCCAGUUAGCCCUGUCCCAAUUGACAGAAGGAGUGCGGAAUCAGGAGAGUUAAGCGUGAUACAGGUAGAAUCAAAACCAGUGGAAAGAGCCAUAGAAGCAAGACCUGCUGAUGAUGGCCUUGGCAGCAUGGUUAGAUGUCUUUAUUUUGCAAAUAGUUUUAUUAUCAGUGUUCAACACUCAACUCCCAUGCUUUGGGCAGGAACAAACAAUGGGACUGUUUACAUAUUUACAAUAACUUUGCCGCCCCGCGCUAAAAAGAAUGAAGAGAAAAUAUUGUGCCAACUGGGUAA